AUGGGAACCAUGGGGAGCUUCGCACAGAGCUUAGGGGGAUCGCAAUCCUCCUCGACGCCUCUAGAUCUCUCGGAGUUUCCUUCGCUAUCAGGAGCAUCACAACAGUCGCAGUCUCAGACUCCAGGUCAGCUAAUGUGGGCCAACGCAAGUCAACGCGCCGCUCAACAAACACCUGUUCAACGACAACAGCUCCCCUCGACCUCGCAAGCCCCCUCCCGCUCCUCUCAACCGCAAGGCCUCCCCACACCGCAACAAUCCCAACAACCGCAUGAUGAUAUGUUCCCCUCCGGUUCGCAAUUUGCCAACCGGCUCGAUGACUUCAGGAAUGGUGGGCAAGGUAUCAGUAGUCAACUGGGCGUAGGCGGCCAACCGCAGACAGGCAACAUCGAGGAAUUCCCUCCUCUGGGCCGAAACGCUGCUGCUGAGCUUCCUCUCGGACGGACUGGUGGUUUGAUGCAAGGCUCAGGAUUCGGAAACUAUGGAUCUGGGCCUUCGCGAUCACCAGUCAGCCAAGUGCCUAAUGGCAUUAUGGGACAAGAGAAAGAAGAAUUGGGCAACAAUGGGCUUCCCAGCCAACGAAACUUUAGUGAUCCACAGCAGCUCCAACAACGGCAGCCAGAAACCAGCGACAGCCAAGAUGUCUCCGGGGCACCCGCAAAUGCGGAACAACCGCCUCUUGCCCAGAUGAGCGAAAUCGACAGGUUUGGACUGGCCGGCCUGCUGCGUAUGAUUCACAGCGAAAGUCCCGACGUGGCCAGUCUCGCUGUCGGUCAAGACCUAAUGACAUUGGGAUUGGACCUGAACCAGGCGGAGUAUGAGACUCACAUCCCCCGUUUCCACGACAUUAUGCUAAACAUUCUCAGACCUUUGCACACGUCCUUUGCUUCUCCCUUUGUUUCGUCAAUGUCCGCUGUGCCCUUGGAACAAGAUUUCUCUCUUCCAGCCUGCUAUAAUGUUGCCAACAUUCAACCUCUCCAGUCUCGAAUCCCUGGAUUCAGCGACGAGACUCUCUUCUUCAUCUUCUACAGCCUACCCCGUGACAUCAUGCAGGAGCUUGUAGCCGAAGAACUGAUGGGACGCAAAUGGCGAUACCACAAGCUCGAACGCUGCUGGUUAACUCGCGAUGAAACAUACCCUGGACCCGUUGAUGUGGAACGUGGUGUCACAGAGCGUGGCGUGUACUUGCUCUGGGACCCUGCUACAUGGAAGAAGAUCCGACGUGAAUUCAUUCUUCGAUAUGAGGAUCUGGACAACCGUUUAGAUCCCAACCGAGGUGUUGCCCGACCAGUCGGCGUGCCGCAUCAUGCUUCAUGA